AUGAAUUUAUAUCCCAUCUGUCAGUUCAGUUAUUCUUAAAAUUCUUUGCAGAAAUUUAUGCUUUCCGACAUUUCAUCAUAAAUCGAAACUAACAUUUAUAAUCGAGAGUGAUAUAUUUGAACAUUAAAAUAUAGAUUAUGCUCGAACACGAAACUUCUUCGUUUUAGAGAAUGAUUGAAAAAUUAAAAAUUAAGAAGAAAGCCUGAAAAAAUUAAUCCUUUGCACUCGGAGUCAUCCUAGACGUUACCUACCAACAGCCAUAAUGUAUUGUAGUGAUAUUUGAUUUAGAUAAAUUUGUAGACAUAUUUUUUGCAAAAAAAAAUCAAAAUUUUAUUAUUUCUAUUUUUAAUUUCAAUUUCAUUAUUAAUUUAGAACCGUUGGUAACAAUUUUGCACAUUAUUAUAUUUGCUGUAAUAACCGAACAAUUUCAACAAUUUUAAAGAGCCAAGUCCUUUAAAUAAUUUUAAAUGUCGAAUUAUAUCCGAGAUGUUACCAACAAUUUGGCAGGACGAAGUGAUGUGCUUGUCAAGUGUACUACUUUAUUCUAACGAUACUUGAAAUAUAUGCUUCUUUUUAACUAGUCAUCAAACUUGAAGGAAAAAAAAAAAAUGAAAUUUCAAAAGUUUGUCGUUUGAAAUUUACAAUUCCAAUUUCUUAUAACGUUGAUAAUCGGCAUCUUACUACAAAAGAAUUGCUACUUCUAUUUCUGACGAACUUGUUUGUUAGGGACGCAGACAAGAGUCUGAGAUGGGCGAAAUAAUAUCUUGCCCUAGAUGUAAAAGAAGGUGCGAUCACACGCCUGAAGAAACAUCUGAAGAAACGUUCGGAACUGAACCCCCAACUCUACCCAUAGAUGCACCCGUACCUGAAGCCACAAUUGAAAGUCAAAUAGCUGCGAAAAAGAGAGGAAGGUUGCGACAAUGGCUGGCAUGUAUUUCCGCAACCAUUUCCAUGAUAGCAGUCGGCACAGUCUACGGAUGGAUAACGACAUCUCUCUCGCGUCUAAUCUCCGGAGAAAACAUGCCGUUGAAACUAACGGACGACGAAGGUUCAUGGCUCAUCUCUCUGACAAUAAUCGGUUCAAUGAUAGGUCCAUUCGUGGGUGCCAGUUUGGCCGAUCGUUACGGUCGCAGUCUGUGCCUAAUAGCGUGCAGUGGAUUUUUCAUCCUCGGCUGGCUUAUCGUUCUGCUGGCAACUAACGUCGCAGCCCUGUACGCAUCUCGCGUGAUUCUCGGCAUAGGUGUUGGUAUCGCCUACACAACGAACCCGAUGUACAUCUCGGAAGUGGCCGACACGGAGAUCCGAGGCGCUCUUGGCACUUUGACCGCCGUGAACGUGUUCACCGGGUCGCUAUUUACUUGCAGCAUAGGACCCUGGGUGUCCUACGCAACGCUGGCGAGCAUUCUUCUAAUACUGCCAAUGGUGUUCGUCGCGAUAUUCAUAUGGUUCCCCGAAAGUCCUCAUUAUCUGACGGCUGUCGGCCGAAAGAAGGAAGCGUACAAAUCGAUAGCGUACUUCAAAGGGACCACCAAUCGCAGCGCGCUGAAUAGGGAAUUGCAGUUCAUUUACAAAAUAAUCGACAAAGAUUCAUCACUUAAAUCGAACCGCAGCACGGAGAUGAACAGGCAAUCGUGGUUGGGCAGGCUGCGACUGAUGAAACAGCCCUGCAACGUAAGAGCUCUGUGCAUUAUCAUUGGGUUAACAGCGGCGCAACAAUUCAGCGGAAACUUCAGCACGAUGCAGUAUCUCGAAGUACUGUUUACGAAAGCGAAGACUAUCGACUCCAACAUAGCGACCAUUAUAGUUUUGAGCCUUGGAUUAAUAUCUGGUACUAUAGCCACAGCGACGGUGGAAAAAGCUGGAAGACGAUGUCUUCUGAUGAUAUCCACGUUAGGAUCGUCCGUUAUGUUGUUAAUGAUCUCUGGUUAUUUUGGUUUCAUCGCCACUUACGGCGACGUUUCGGGCAUCGACUUUGUGCCUAUUGUCAUCGUGAUUUUGUUUCAAAUAGCGUAUCAAGUUGGUUUAGGCACAUUAACCAACGCCCUCCUAGGCGAAUUAUUUCCCACGGAAGCGAAAAGUAUCGCAGGUGCCAUCGUUAUGAUAUCUGACGGUAUAUUUGGAAUCAUUGUAACAAAAUUGUAUCAAGUUAUCACCGACAAUAAGGGACCGCAUUGGAUGUAUCUCAUCUUCGCGAUAUGUUGUGUCAUUGCGUUCUUCAUGGUGCUUCUCUUCGUACCGGAGACGAAAGGAAAAAAUUAUCAGGAAAUUCGAGCGUUACUAAUUCGUCCGAAAGCAGAAAGGGAGAACGCCCAAGUAGAGAACAGUGGAUCAAGGAACGAGGAAAGGAGGGUCGAAAUUAAUGGCGAUGAAGAAAGAAACGUGAUAGUAAACGUCGCACACGAGGAAGAAAGUCCCGAGGGAAACAUCGGAAAAAGGAAAAAAAAGUGAUAGAUAUCACUGCACCGUAAGUUUGGUACAAGGUGCUUUUGGCUUUCUUGGAUUUUCUUAUUACUGAUAUUUAACGCUUAUUACUAAGCGUUUUCGUCUUGGAGUCGCCACCAGACUCGUGCGCCCCAGACCAGAAGGUUUGGGUUGAACUACAAAGGCUUUGGAUGGUGUGUCACCCAUCCUGUAAUGGAUCCGCAACGGUGGUCGCCUAACCCUCGCGAUUGCUUACGGUGCCAACAUCCACCGGCAGACUUAGGAAUUUCCCUUCUGGAACUUGUAUUUGCUGUCGGUCGACUGCGGUAUCCUAGACACCAUCUUGGCUGAAGCGCUGGUGAACUCUUGAUGUAGGAAGUUUUUAAGCGUUGACGUAGUAAUGACGUAGAAUUUGAUGACGUAGAGAUCAACUUAAACGUCGGGAGACGUCACAAUAUCAAUUGACUCGAAACAAUUAAAUAAUAGGAUGGAUGAUUAAAAGGUGGAAAAAGUGACAAAAAGGUGAAGGAUACUGACAAGAAAAAUUUAUAACAUAAUUAUAUUAUAUAUAUAUAUAU